CUAUGCAUCAGUUCCCUAAUUCCUUGGUUUACAAAUUUUUACAACCAUAAUAUAUUAUUUACAAAUUGAGGGUUUUCGAGGUCAAAAAGUGAAUAUUAUAUAUAUUUAUUAACAUAAUACUGUCUAAACGGUUCAUGGCAAUAAUCGGGAAAAAGGUUAACGAGCUUCUCGACAAAACAAUGAUCAGUUGAUUGUCUGGACAGUCCUACAAAAACCUAAGUGUAUUUCUUACAAUAAUGUAUUUUGAAGCUAGUGAACGACAAACGGCUUAGUCAUUGUUAGCGAUGGAGGGAAAUAACGAGGAAUCGGACCGCGACCGCGCCAGACGAGAACAAAUUGACGAAAGAGACCAACACAAUGUUUACAGCGGAGCAGAGCAGAACAGCGCGGCGGAGGGAGAUGGCGACCGUGGGAGAUACAGCCUGCUGGAGCGGUGCGCGUCGCAGUCGUCGUUGGAUGAGUCGUCGCAGCGGCGUGGCGGCGGGGAGGGCGGGGAGGGUGGGGAGGGGGGCGCGGCGGCGGCGCACGCGACGGCGCUGCUCGGUGCGCUGGCGCGACUGCGGCGCGACGCGGCGCUGUGCGACGUGCGUCUGUACGCGGCGGCGGGCGGGGAGGGGGGCGGCGAGCCGGGCGCGCCGGUGAGCGCGCACCGCGCCGUGCUGGCCGCCAGCUCGCCCUACUUCCGUGCCAUGUUCACGGGUUUCGACGAGCGCGACCGCCCCUCCGUCACCAUCCAGGGCGUGGAGCCCGCCGCGCUCGCCGCCAUCGUCGACUACGUCUAUGACCCCGACUCCCUCCACAUCACCGAGGACAACGUACAGGGCAUCCUGUCGGGCGCGUCGCUGCUGCAGGUGGGCGGGGCGCGCGCCGCCGCCUGCCGCUUCCUGGCCGCCGCGCUCGCGCCCGACAACGCGCUCGGCAUCCGCGCCUUCGCCGAGCUGCACGCGUGCGCCGACCUCGCCGCCGUCGCCGCCGCCUACGUCGAGCGCCACUUCGCCGACGUGCUGCAGGGCGACGAGUUCCUCGCGCUCGACGCCGACGCCCUGGCGCGCCUCCUCGACAGCGACCGCCUCGCCGUGCCCGACGAGGAGGCCGUGCUCGACGCCGCGCUGCGCUGGCUCGCGCACGACCCCGCCCCCCGCCGCCCGCACCUCGGCGCGCUGCUCGAGCACGUGCGCCUGCCGCUGCUGCCGCGCGACGCGCUCGUGCAGCGCGCCGCCGCCGAGCCGCUCGCCUCCGCGCCGCUGCGAGUCAAGGACCUGCUCAUCGAGGCGCUCACCUUCCAUUUGCUGCGGCCCGAGCGCCGCGCCGCCGCCGCAGCCGCGUGCCCGCGCGCGCGCCCGCGCCGCCCGCCGCGCCCGCCGCGCGCGCUGCUGGCCGUCGGCGGGCAGGCGCCCAAGGCGAUCCGCGACGUGGAGGCGUGGGAGCUGGCCGGCGCGCGAUGGCGGCCGGCGGCGCCGCUGCCGACGCGCCGGUGUCGGGCGGGCGUGGCGGCGGUCGGCGGGCGGCUGUACGCGGUGGGCGGGUUCAACGGCACGCUGCGGGUGCGCUCGGUGGACGUGUACGACGUGGCGACGGACUCGUGGGCGCCGGGGCCGCCGCUGCUGGCGCGCCGGUCGACGCUCGGCGUGGCGGCGGUGGGGCCGGUGAUCUACGCGGUGGGCGGGUUCGACGGCGCGACGGGGCUGAGCUCGGCGGAGAUGCUGGACACGCGCGAGGGCGUGUGGCGGGCGAUCGCCGGCAUGAGCACGCGGCGGUCGUCGGUGGGCGUGGGCGUGCUGGAGGGGCGCGUGUACGCGGUGGGCGGGUACGACGGCGCAUCGCGGCAGUGCCUGCACACGGUGGAGGUGUACGAGCCGGCGGCGGACCGCUGGGAGCCGGCGGCGGAGAUGGCGGCGCGGCGCUCGGGCGCGGGCGUGGGCGUGGCGGGCGGCGCGCUGUACGCACUGGGCGGGCACGACGGGCCGGCGGUGCGCCGCAGCGUGGAGCGGUACCGCCCGAACUCGGGCUGGGCGCCGGCCGCCCCCAUGGCGCACGCGCGCCGCAACGCCGGCGUCGCCGCAUACCUCGACCGCCUCUACGUGGUGGGCGGGGACGACGGCGCCGCUAACCUCGCGUCCGUGGAGGUGUUCGACCCCAGCACGGAGCAGUGGUCGGUGCUGGCGGCGCCCAUGGCGGUCGGCCGCUCCUACGCCGGCGUCGCCGUGGUCGAGCUGGCCGCCUGACCCGCGCCCCCCGCGCCCCCCGCGCCGCACUACGCCAACACGCGCGCCUGCCGCCGCCCCGCCGACGACGACGACGACGACGGCUACGAGCCGGUUGGCGCGGCCUGCUGGCACGCCUGCCGCCGCCACCGCCGCGCCAGCCAGACGCUCGAGUUCAACGAGCACCGCGCCGGCACCGUGCCGCGACGCCCGC